GUGCCCUGGAGUUUGUUUUUUCCCACCAGGGGGAGAAUCUAUCUUCCACUUGGAUUCCUUUCGGGAAAUGACUCCUUCUACCAAAGGCAUAUACAAUGCCUCUGCCCUCGCAAGGUGACUGGCAUCUCAGUUUGCCGGGGACUAAGGGAUUUCCUGGGACAUGGGACUUGCAGUGCUAAAACCAGGCAGUUCUGGGCAAAUCAGGAUGAUUGGUCUCUGGAUAUGACAAAUAGACAGGAUACAAGGACCCAGGUUAGACUGAGACAGAGUCCCAGCAGCAGCUGCACAGAAAGGGGAGCUGUUCCUGUCUGAAGCAGACUGCAUUCUGUAGCAGCCCUUGGGGGGAAGCAGCUCUUCCUAUCAAUAAGAUAUCAUAGAAAGGGAAUCCUCCACAAUCUGAUUGAUGUAGUUCAUUUAUGUUACUUUUUUUUUUUUAAAGAACCAAUGGAUCUAGGGUCAGAAGUUUGCUUAAGGGUUUUUAAUCUAGCUCCUAUCUAAAUAUUAAACCUCCUGUGCACCAUUUCAGCUCAAAAGACCCCAGCUUUGCCUACCUCUAGUUAUAAGGCAUUCACGCAUUCUCAAGCCAGUCUUUUCCUUAUGGGAUAGUUCUAAUUGUAAGAAACUUAUUCCAUAUGUGGGGCUCUCUGGGUCCCUGGAGCUGCUAAUACUGGCCCCAGUUCUUUGUAAGUGUUGUACCUGUCCCAUGACAGCCCUUCAGGUGUUUAUGUUCACCCCUCUUGCCCACCAGACAGGACGAGCUUUUUAACCAUUGCUCAUUAGACAACUCACUAUUCUGAGCAUCUUAGUUGUGCAAUGAAAUUCCAGGCACAAAGAAACAGUUAGGAUUGAGAUCCAUGGCUGGAAACAAAAAGAUGCAUGUUCUAGUUAAUGUUUCCCUGGUUGUUCUGGUUUCCAGAUAUGUACUGAUGUUUCCAGUGUCUGUCUGCAAAUAACCAGCCCUGACCCACUAUGGAAGCCACCUGUAAUGGAUCAAAGGACUCCUCACCUGUGUUCUACCUGGUGGGCAUCCCCUCUCUGCUGGAAUCCCUCUUCCUCCUUGUCUUCUUGAUUUUCCUCUUAAUCUCUCUGCUUAUUCUGGUGGGAAAUGAGCUGAUCCUUGUGUCUGUGGUGGCAGAGUCCAGCCUCCACAAGCCCAUGUACUUCUUCCUGAUCAACCUCUCAGCCCUGGACAUCCUCUCUACUACAACCACUGUCCCCAAGAUGUUGUCCCUAUUCUUGCUUGGGGACCAGUACCUCAGCUUCUCUGCUUGCUUCCUGCAGAUGUACCUAUUCCAUGGCCUUAACUGCUCUGAAGCCUUCAUCCUGGUGGUCAUGGCCUAUGACUGCUAUGUGGCUAUCUGCCGCCCACUGCACUUUGCCCUCAUGACCCCACAGACCAGUGCUGCACUGGCAACCAGUGUCUGGCUAACUGCCCUCCUUCUGCCCAUCCCAGCAGUGCUGCAGACCUUCCACAUGGCUUUUGCCAACACUGUUCACAUCUACCACUGCUUCUGUGACCACUUGGCUGCGGUCCAGGCCUCCUGCUCUGACACCAUGCCCCAGACCUUCAUGGGCUUCUGCAUCGCCAUGGUGGUGUCCUUCCUGCCCCUUCUCCUGGUGCUUCUUUCCUAUGCCCACAUCCUGGCCUCAGUGUUUCACGUCAGCUCCCGAGAAGGACGCUCAAAAGCCUUCUCCACCUGCAGCUCCCACCUCCUGGUUGGCACCUACUACUCAUCCAUUGCCAUAGCCUAUGUGGCCUACAGGGCUGACCUACCCCUCGACUUCCGCAUCAUGGGCAACGUGGUGCAUGCUAUUCUCACACCUGUCCUCAACGCUCUCAUCUACACGCUGAGGAACAAGGAUGUCAAAGCAGCCAUCACCAAAAUGGCAUGUCCCCAGGGCCCAGGGAAUUCUGGGACCCUUGAUCCUUAGAUGCAAAUAAUUCAGCUCCCUGGACACCAAUGACAGCACCCA